CGCUCCGACCCCCGCCUGCUCUCCCAGUUCUUCUUCGCUGAUGAGAGGGUGACGCGGGUGGUGGCCGAGAUCAAUGGGCUGGAUGCCGAGCUGGAUCCGCAGCAGUACCUGGUACUCCUCAACCAGCUACACCUCAGCCAGGCUCACCUGCUGGCCAUCCUGGAGCGGAUCAUGGAGGAGUGUAUCCCCACGCAGCGCCACAGUCGUGACUACUUGGUCAAGUUUCCUGAGGAGCUCUUGGUGGACAACCUGGGGAACCACAUGCUGUUUGCUGCCGAGUGUCUCCUGGCUGGCACCUUCCUGGAGGUGGAGGAUGCGGACGGGGCACAGCUGCGGCCCCAGGCCAGGAACCUGCUGUGCAGCCUGGAGCUGGUGCGGACGGUGCUGCGGGAGCAGAGCCUGACCCAGCCCGGCUCCUACCCAGAGCCCAUCCGGGCUGUGCUCAUCCAGUUUGACCGGCUCUUCGCAGAGUUUGAGCUGAGCUACGUGUCCUCGCUGGUGGCAGUGAAGUCUCCUGAGGAGAUCUACAGGCAGCAGGAGAUCAUCGUCCUCUAUUGCGAGACAGUGGAGAGAGCCCUGCGCCUGGGCUACCUGACCCAGGAGAUGAUCGAUGGCUAUGAACCACUGCUGAUGUUCACCAUCCCUCGCCUGGCCAUUAUCAGUGGCCUCCUCAUCUACCCCGAGGGUCCCCUCAGCCUGGAGCAGAGCCCUGAGCAGAUGUCUCGGGUCUUCAGCCCCUUCUACAACCUCCUGAAGAAGAUAAGGGACCUGCUGCGGGUGCUGUCGGCAGAGGAGCUCUGCCUGCUGGAGAGGAGCCUGUGCACAGCCGAAUCAGAGGAUCACUGUGGUCCAGCCACCCCCCCGCCCCUCGAGAGCAGCCCAGGGCUCGGUGCUGCCCCAGGUGCCCGCUACUCAGAGCUGCGCUCCCGCUACAGCAGCACCAAGGACAUGCUGCACACCCUCUUUGUCUGCAUCUCGGGGGUGGCUGAUCAGCUCCAGACGAACUUUGCCAGCGACCUGCGAAGCAUCUUGAAAACGGUCUUCAAGAUCGUCACCUCACAGACGGAGUCCUCGGAGCAGCCGAGUGCCAGCC